AUGCACAAAAAAUUUCAUCAAGAUAUGUUGGCUAGUUCAAGAGAUAUAGCGUUCUACGUAGGUGUUAAAGUGUUCUCGAUAGAUGAAGGUGGUGUGGCUGAUUGUGAUGGUCAGUUGCAAGAGGGAGAUGAGAUUAUUGAAAUCAAUGACACCAGCCUUUACAAAAUGACUUUUGACAGGGCCCAAGAAAUUUUUCGAAUGGCGGUGAAAUUUCCCGAAAUAAAUUUGAAAGUAAGAUGUGCAAGGAUAAAAAUCAUAUCCCACUCAAUGAAGCAAGCAUGGAAUCUAAAAGAUUUGAAGCAUGCAAUAAACCCGGCGUUUACAACGAAAUCUUCAUCGGUGAAUGAUCUGAUGCUGGAUCACUGGGCAUCCAACGACGACUACCUCCAUCACGAUGUCUUCAUACAGAAGAACAGGCCACACUACCGUAGCGUUCAUUCUGGCAGCAGUCAUCAUGGACUGUUCGUUUACGAAAACGAUUUCUUAAACACCAGCCUAACAAGAGCCGUUGAUAAGUCGCUGGGCCAAUUUGAUGACGAUCUUGAAUUUAGGGAGGAGCCCGUUGAUGUUGUAGCUGACUGUGCCAAUGAGCUGAAACCUGAUAAAGAAAAAAUAAAUGAAAAGAAAAAAUUAAGAAAAACAAAGGCACACUGGUGGUCGAGAUGGAUAAAAUCAAAAAAUCACGAAAUUUCUGCCGCUAAAGCUAAAGUUGAAAAGAAGGAUGAAUCAUGUCAGACCAUUUAUUCGGCAACAGGCCUCAAACACAACCACCCAAUCGACGGCCAUCACAAUAUCAAAUUUGUUAAAAACUCUGCUAAAAAUUUAAAAGUUAAUUCACACAACUUAAUUGAGAGCAAUCAUGUAAAAAACUCAUUUGCAUCAAAGAGUGAUAAGACAUCAUCGGAUAUAUCAAAAGAUCUUGAUGUUAGUGCUGGUUCCAAGAAAAUUAUUCCACUCGUUCAUAACAGCAAUUAUUAUUUAUCGAAAGAAGACACGGUGUACAAAGAUUUAAUUUCUGUUGGCGGGAAGAAUAAAGACAUUAUUAAAAAAGUCAACAACAAUAGAAAUCAGCCUGAUUGUCAUGUUUUUGAAGAUAUCGCUGUUAAACACAACCCUGUGGAGCCAGCUUAUUCCGUCAUAAAAAUUAAUAAAGAUGAAAAUAUUAAAUUCAGCAAUGAACAUCGAAGUCUAUUUUCUGGUUACGUCAAUCACAAUAAUGACGAUCCAUUUAAUCUUUCGUCUGAAAUAAUUUUCCCAAACGAUAAUGAACUAUCAGAUUAUAAUAAAAACCAGUUCAUGCAACAGUCUCAACACAACAAACUUCAUCAGCAAAUCUCCCAAACUUUUGAUGACAAAUAUGACCAAUUAGUUAAACACAACUUACAAAAUGCACAAACUAACCAGCAGCGUGAACUGACAAAAGAAUUCAAACUGAAAUAUCUGAGCGACAGAAGUUAUGAAAGUUCGCCUUUUUUCAUAAACUCAACGAGUGACGCUUCACCUGAUGUUUCUCAACAAUCAGUUCAACAGCCGCAACUGCUUCAACAACAACAGCAACACCAACAACAAUAUAAUCAACAUCAAAACCAACAUCAACAUUCACAGCAACAACAACAGCGUCAGCAAAAGUUUCAUCUUCAAGAAAAGCUCGAAAUAGCGACAUCCAAUUUUCCUGCUGACCACCAGAACCGAGCUGAUCAAUCACGUAGAUUCAGUCAACGCGUUCCUAAUGUUUCUAAUUUAUUUCAAACAAACCAUGAUAAUAUCAUAAUGUUAAAAGAAAAUGGGAACCAAAAUGAACAAUUUUUAUCUCAAAUUCACUCCAAUAUACCUCAAGCAUAUCUUUCAAAAAGUUUCAAUGAUUUGAGCCAGAAAAGGCCAAAUCCGUUUGAGAAAAGGUUGCUUUCCGAAACAACAAACUACAAUCAUUUUGAUUUCGAUGCUCCUGCUUUUAACUUGAGCCAUUCCAAUAUAUAUCCUAACGAUCAUGCUUUAUAUAAUUGCAACAAAUUUUGUUUGAAUGAUCGCGGCAAAAUGUUAAGACAUGGCAGUGAAAAGUUCGGGGACAAAAGUAUAACUAAAAAUAAUACAAACAAUAUUAACCAUGCUUCUAGCAGGAGUUUUGAUGAGCGCAAUGAAAAAUUUCGACAUGUUGAUAUGUGGCUAAACAAGAAUUUGUCUGUUAACCAAAGAGAACAGAAGAUGCACAGGCCCAACAACGUGCUGCUGACAAGACCUCUCUCACAAUCAGUUGCGGGAAACUUACACACAAACAUGCAUGCUCAGUAUCACCCAACAGCCAAUUGUUUCAAAAACAGCCACGUUGAUGACAACCUUGGAAAAUAUCAAAUGAAACAACAUUUUCAAUGGAACAAUCAGCCCUCAAACAACCAAACAAUUAUCAAUCCAUCUGCAAAUUUGUUUCAGCAAAUAUGCAAUAAUAACCACUAUUAUGAAAUUAAAAAUAAUACUUGUCGUGACAAAUUCAUUAAUGGAAAUGAAAUAAAAACUUUUGAACAAAAUAAAUCAAAUCCUUUGACAGAAAUGCAACAGAUGCUUAAAAAUUCUAAGCACAUAACGAAUCAGUACAUGCCACAUGUUACUGAUCCAAGAAGAAGAGAUGAAAACUUUCAAAAAGUAAAUUAUGUUCCUAAUAAAAUAGAUAGACCUACGAUGAAUAGUGCUCUUCUUGGACCUUCUCAACCUCAGCAACGUGUCGGUUACCGAGAGGACUCGCCUGUUAUUCAUCAUUCAUCACAGCCAAAGCACGGUAGCCAGGACUUCUACAUAAGGCAGGAUACAAAUACAACAUACAUUAACCAUUCUUCCAAAACUCAAAAUCAAUCAAAUGCUUUCAUACCAUCGAAACCAUUCAACCAGAGAGCACAGCAUCCUCUCCUUCUACACGAACACAACACUCUUCAACAAACUCAUGAGGCGUCAUCAAACGCCAGAAUAUCCCAGCAGCUACAACAACAACAUCAGCAACAUCAACGACAACAUCAACAAAAACAGCAACACCAGCACCAACAGCAACAACAUCAGCAACAACAACAUCAGCAACAUCAACAGCAACGCCAGCAACAACAAUAUUCACAAGUAAAAGAAUUGAGAGAUAACUUUUAUCAGAAAAAUUUAACACAACUCUUGAAUACGAACAACGUCAGUAAUUCCAUUAUAUAA